CUUGAAUUUUUCAUACUCAAAUAUCUCUAUGUUACCUUAGAGGCUCAACCGGAGAGGACUGGCAUCAUAGGUGAUCGAGCUAGCUUGGAGAGACUCGAGGAACGGUCGCCAGAAUCAGGGCCUGAAAAAACUGGUAGCACGCGCUUCCAUUGCUUCACAGUCAAAGUAUGGCUCCCGAUUCAGCUGUGGCGGGGGAUAAGACCCCCGUCGAGACCAACGCCGAUCAUGAAGCAACAAUUCAGGGGGAAGGGUCCCAGCCUGCCCCCGUGGAGUACGAUAUUGAGAGAGUAGAGCAGGUCUACAAGAAAUUAGAUCGUCGCAUCAUCCCAGCGUUUUGGAUCCUAUACUUCAUUUGCUCCGCUAUUCGCUCUAAUAUUGGAUUGGCGCAGACGAUGAACGCAAAUGUUGGACAUGACCUGAUUACGAUGCUACAUCUCUCGUCAAACGAUAUCUCUACAGCGCUAGCCCUUUUCUAUGUCGCCUAUGUUAUCUUCGAUUGUCCUUCGAACCUCAUCAUGAGCAGGCUUAGCCCCCGAGUCUGGAUGGCUAGAAUCGUCUUUGCUGUGGGCGUGAUAGGGGCUUGCUUUACCGCCGUCAAGUCUGCUUGGAGUCUGAAGUUUCUGCGCUUCCUGCUCGGUGUCGUUAUUGCCGGCAUGUGGCCUGGCAUGUCGUAUUACUUGACUUUAUUCUAUCCUCCUUCUCGAACGGGCAAACGAAUUGGGCAGUAUUUCACCGCUGCACAGGUCUCGGCUGCAGUAGUUGGUCUAGUUUCUGCGGGGUUCCAGCUCAUGGAUGGUAGAGGCGGGCUCGUCGGUUUCCAAUGGAUGUUCCUUAUCUACGGACUUCUUGCUAUCGUUCUCGGCUGGACCCUGCUUUGGUGGUUACCCGAGCGCCCAUUGCCACCGGGUGUAAAGAGGGACCAUUCUGGCUUCAUGAAGUGGCUACCUCCAACCCCUGAAGCUUUGACGGGUGAAGAUGCUCUAGUUCAUUACGAAGACCUCAAACGAGUUUACCACCCAAGGCCCUGGACCCUCAAAGAUUUGGGGUAUGUCCUCAUCGACUGGAGGCUCUGGCCAUUGACCCUUAUGUAUUUCGGUGUUGUUGGAGUCGGUAUUGGCACGCAACUCUACGGUACAGUGAUCAUUCGCGGUAUAAACUCGUCAUUCACAGGCGUGCAACUCAGCCUCCUUUUCGCGCCUAUCUGGAUUAUGGAUCUUAUUGCGAUUUUACUUGUCACACCAGUUUCGGAUCGUUUCCAUCGCCUCCGCCCAUUAUUUUUCUCAUGUGCUGUAUGCAUCCAGAUUGCAGGUCUCCUGACAGUUACUUUUGCUCCUACCUCAAAUCCUUGGGCGAGGUACGGAGGGCUUUUGAUGGUUGGUUUCGGCCUAGGUCCAACAGUGCCGAUAUGUAUGACCUGGACCAAUGAAAUCUUUCAACAACGCCACGGGGAGGUCGGCGUUGCUGCUGCAGCGGCACUAGUAUCAGGCCUCGGAAAUCUUGGUAGCAUUACGACAACGUAUGCUUUAUACACCGGUUGGCCGGCUGAUGCUGCUGCUGGACCUCACCAGUACCGUCGAAGCAAUUUGGUUAUGAUCGGCAUUCUCUGCGUCAGUAUUCUUAGCAGCAUCGUCAUGUUUGUUGCGCUGAAGAUCGUCGGCAACAAACCCAGUCAAAAAAUUGGCAGCGGUGGAAGCUCUAUAAUGGACGGAGCAGAUGAAUUCCAAGACGGCGCGGCACGUCGUGAGCUUCAACAACGCGGCUUCGGUCGUAUGUGGUGGAGCAAGAAGACAUAAACUCCAACUUGACCGUGGUCCAUGAUUUUCAACAAUCCAGCAAUGCGCUAUAGAGAGUGGAUGUCGCCCCCUCUCAGAUUCUAGGGCAGUUCAACCUGUCAUUCUUUUCACCGUUUCCUUCGACAUAUUACAACUUUGCCACGAGCCCCUAGUACGAAUCACGCCCAUUGGAUGUCCGAUAUGCAUGUCACACGGAGAGUUUCUAACUCCGACAGCGAAAGUGCCGUUGCGCCAUCGCUGGGGCUGGCGUAUCGGAAUGAAAGAGAAGGCGGGGCGAGAAUGCCGGAACGCUAUCGCUUUUUGCUUAUCUUGUGGGACGGUGGCGCACACGGAGGUUUUAUUUUGAUUAUUUCCCGGCGGGCUUUUCUCUUUUUGGUUUUGGCGUUUGCAUAUGAUACCCCAUCUGUGUUUUGAAUACGCUGUCAUUCGAGGCUCUCCACCAACUGACUCGCCGGCGAAAGUGCUACUACGCCAUCGCUUGGGACGGCGUGUUGCAGCCGAGACGGGACCGACGACAAUGCUUCUGCGCUAUCGUUUGGGAGCUCGUCUCGUGGGCGUUGCUUACACACGUUUUUUCGAGUUUCUUCUUGGAAUACCUAGUAUUGGAUAAGAGUAAAGGUGGUCUUGCGGUAUGCUUGCUACCUCGCUACAUACAAUUAAGCGAAUAUAUAUUUUGGUCUCACAU